ACAAUGUGGCUGUUGGUUAUCUUGCUCUGCUUGGUGAUAUGGCUCGGUGGAACAUACUGGUACCUAUUUGGGAAACCGAGCCCUUUCUCACUGGAGUCAGUAAGACCCCCUGGCCCUCGUGAACUUGAUCAGAAGAAGAGGGACAAAGUCAUCAAACAAGGUUUCAGCCUCGACAGGGUGCCACAAGAUCUGGAUGUCAUCGUCAUUGGUAGUGGGAUUGGCGGGCUUACAGCUGCAGCCACACUGGCCAAAGCAGGGAAGAAGGUGCUGGUCCUGGAACAGCAUGACCAGGCAGGGGGCUGCUGCCACACCUUCAUAGAGAAAGGCUUUGAGUUUGAUGUCGGGCUUCACUACAUCGGGCAGCUCCAUGAGAACAGCUUGCUACGCAUCGCCUUUGACCAGAUCACUGAGGGCCAGCUGGAGUUCCAGGAGCUGGAUCAGCACUUUGACACCAUUCAUAUCGGCCUGGGUGAGGAGAAACGGGAAUACACCAUCCUCACGGGUAAGACUGAAAUGGAAGCCCACCUGAAGAAACAGUUCCCUGAUGACGUGGCUGCCAUUGAGACGUUCUUCAAAAUCAUGAAGGUGUCAGCUAAAAAGACCCAUUACCUGGCGACUCUGAAGUUGAUCCCACGGUGGUUGUCUUUGUUUCUGCUUAAGUCCCGCAUUGCACACCUGGUCUCCCCCAUCUUCAACCUCUCUGGCACAUGUGCAACUGACUUUGUGAAUACCCUGACCAGUAACAAGGACCUCCACAUCAUCUUUUCUUACCUUUUCUAUGGUGUUCCUCCAAAGGACUCAAGCAUUGUGAUCAACGCCCUCCUGAUCCAUCACUACAAGCGGGGUGCUUACUACCCUAAAGGAGGCGCCAGUGAGAUCGCCUUUAAUAUCAUCCGUACCAUCCAGAAACAUGGGGGCAACUGUCUUGUCAGAGCUCCCGUCUCCCAGAUCCUGGUCAAUGACAAGGGAGCAGCUUGUGGUGUAAAAGUGAGCAGAGGCCAGGAGGAAGUAGAGGUGCACGCUCCGGUGGUGGUCUCCAACUGUGGCAUCUUCACCACCUUCCAGAAACUUCUGCCUCCUGAGAUCAGCGUCAAGCAAAGUAUUCAGGACAGACUGGACAUGAUGAGACAUGGCAGGGGAUCAUUUUUGGUCUUCUCUGGUUUUGAUGGGACGCAGGAGGAGUUAGGCCUUGUGUCCACCAACUUUUGGCUGUUCAAAAACAAUGACCUCGACACCUCGAUGGAAGAGUUUUUUGCGCUGAGCAAGGAGGAGGCACCAGAAAACAUUCCCAUGAUGUUCAUCACAAUGCCAUCUGCCAAAGACCCCGAGGCCAAGAUAAGACACCCCGGAAAAUCUUGCAUGACAAUACUGACGAUGGUGAAGUACGAAUGGUUUGAGGAUUGGCAAGACACAACGGUGCGCAAGAGGGGUGAUGAAUAUUACAAGUACAAGAUGAGAUUUGCAAAGCAUCUCUUUGACUGGGCUUGCACCAUAUUCCCCAAAAUCAAAAACAAGCUGGUCUUCCAAGAAGUGGCUACGCCAUUGACCAACAUGCACUACCUGGGGGCGCAGCGUGGAGCCAUGUACUCCGCCGAACACAAUCUGGACCGCUUUCACGCCGAGGCCGUAGCAAGGAACAGAUGUGACACCCCUGUUAAAAACCUCUACAUCUCUGGCCAGGACGUGUUCAGUUGCGGGAUAGCUGGCGCGCUGCACGGAGGACUCCUCUGCGCCUCCACAGUCCUAAAGCACAUAAUCUACAUCGACCUGCUCCUCCUCAAGAAGAAGCUGAAGAGGAGGAAGGCCAAAGAGCUGGCCCAGCUAACGAAGAAGAAACUGCAGUGA